GAUAGCUGACGCUUCUUGCGGUUGAUUCAUAUUCGCGUUGCUUUGUGAUCAUUUAGUAACAAAACGUCAGGCGGCCGUGCGCGCGCAGUCGCGAGCCGCGAAAGUUUAUUCGAUUUUCAAAUAAUUUAUUCGGAAUUUGUAUAAUUUUUACCGAGUGUAUAGAAAUUUUGUGGAUGGAUAGUGUAGGCGUAAUCAUAAGCCGCGGAAGUUUAUUAGAUUUUUAAAUAUUACAUUUAUUAUUUAUUUAGUGUUUAUUUUUUUCUUGGAUAAUUCUAUUCUAACCCCAUUGGACACAUUAGAAUAUAAAAACUUCAAACAUGGUGGAAAUGAGCAAGCUAGUCUUCGACCAGCAUUUCAGGGACUUGGACUGCCGAUACCUACUUCAUCCUUGGGGAGCGGGAUGCUUGUCAUCCAGCCUGGUUCUUUACAGAGAUGCCCUUAUAGGCAGUGCUCAGUUUUAUUCAAUCGUGUAUUUAAUACAAAUAAUCAUACGAGGAAAGAAGAUGAAGCGAAAAGACCAGUGGGUUGAAAUGGCCGAGUACUAUGUUAGAUCUACGUUGCUUGGACAGUUAGUGACAGCGUCCGCUGCAAAUAUCAGCUGUUUAUUAAGAAAGUUAAUGGGCAACAAAUUCAACUACUAUACGUAUCUUUUAGUACCUUUUACUUUAAACGGCCUCUUCAUAUACUUGGAGCCUCCGAGCAGAAGAGGACUUGUCAUUAACCUGUUUGUGAAUUUGUACAUAGAAUAUUGGCUGCGAUCGUUCGAGAAGGCUGGAUAUCUAACAGUAACGAAGACACAACAGACGCUACUAUUUAUGAUCGGCAGCUCCCUCCUCUUUUAUCUUAUGAGGUUAGAGGGGGAGAAGAAACAGAGAACUCCGUUAAUUUGGUUGUUCACACCAGAAAAAGUGAGAAGAAAAUCAGAUAGUAACGAAAAUCCGUGCCCACAUAAUGGAUCGUGUCAGAAAUUCAUUGCUAAGGGUACAGCCACAUACUUCGGUGUAGGUCUGGCAUUCAGCCUAGCUAGGGUCAUUUUGCCGAAGCUCCGAUCUCCGAUCUCAGCGAUCGCAUCGAUUCGACGAAAGCAUUUCAAGCUGGCCUUGUUCUUCGGCAGUUACAUUGGUAUCUACAGAGCUAUGAUAUGUUACUUAUGCCGUAGAAAAGGAUUCGACUCGGCGACGUACGCGUUGCCUGCUGGAUAUCUCGCUGGCCUGUCAUUUUUAUUCAGUCCCAGCUUGGGGAUCGCUAUAGGAUCCGUAACAGCUGCUAUGAAGUUAUACUCAACUAUUUUAUACGAGAAGAAGAUAAUACCGACAAGCAUUCCCCUGCCAGAGUUGCUAUACUGCAUCUGCCAGGGUACACUGAUGAGCACAAGAAUCCUGCACCCAGACGUCUGCCCUGGUUACAUGUUCAAUCUCAUGAGAACAGUUAGUUAUGGACGGUCUGAAUGGAUAGCCAAGAAUGUGAAAGACGUUUUGGAGAAGACAUCUCUACAGUCAUAGAAUUUUAUGACUUCAUGGUGUAAAGUAAUUAAGUCUUAAAGUCUUAAUGUAAAAAAAAAAACAAAGUUACUAUCCCAAAUACGAAGAACAAAUGUAAAAUAACGUGAUUUUUUGUUUGCAAUCUGUACCUGAUUUAUUCACUUUUCAAUAAACAUACUGUUAUUGAUCAGUUAUAUUUAAAGCAUAUAAUGGCAUCACAUAUAGAAAUCAUGUUACAUAGUUGUAUGACCAUAUUAAAUAUAUUUCUUGUGAUUACUUAUUACUUAGGCUAGUCUUUAUUUAGAUCAGUGGUGAAGAGAUAAAACCCGAUUCCUGCCGGCUUUCCUUUAUGUACAAUCUAAUUAUCAUUAAAAGAUUUGCAUUCCCUAUUUAUGCAUAUUACUAGCUAUAUGUUGUGUCGGAUUCCCUUUUCGAUAUUUUAUCUUUCGCCACUGGUGUAGAUUGUUUGUGAUUUAUUUAUAUAAGAACAUUUUGUAGGCAAUUUCUUUUUCUUUGUGAUUUUAGCACUGGAAACUGGUAUAUCAUUAAGAUGUGGGUAAGGUUUAACCAAAGAAAUGUAUGUUGUAAUAUAUUGUUUGUUUUUAC